AAAUAUCUCAUUUUACUGUUACUUACAAAAAUAUCUAACAACUAUUCUUGUCUCAUCUGUUAAUCCAACAGCCCUAUAAAAUCCCAAUUAAUUCGUCUAAUUUGUAGAGGAGAUCAGGUUAACAAAGACGGAGAGAAGAGAGAGAUAGCGACACAGCAGUCACUGAGCGAGAGUGUGUUAUGUGAAAGUGGAGAAGAUGCCUGGGAGCAUGUUUUCUGGUUCUGUGACUACUCCUAAAGUCGACGUCGCGAUUGACAUGGGCAACCCUUUCCUCAACCUCACCGUAGAUGGUUUCUUGAAGAUCGGCACCGUCGCGGCUACCAGAGCAGCUGCAGAGGAUGCCUAUCACGUCCUUAGAAAAGGGAAUAUUUCUCAGCACAAUUUUGCGCACACGCUGAAGAAGAUUUGUAAAGAAGGCGCGUAUUGGGGAACUGUGGCUGGAGUGUAUGUGGGAAUGGAGUAUGGAGCAGAGAGGAUUCGUGGCACAAGAGACUGGAAGAAUGCCAUGAUGGGCGGUGCGGUGACAGGUGCCCUGGUAUCUGCAGCCAGCAACAGGGACAAAGACAAGAUUGUGAUGGAUGCCAUUACAGGCUGUGCGGUUGCAGCUGCUGCAGAGUUCCUCAACUACCUCGUCUGAACUGAUGGCUCUAAAGUUCUCCCUUAUCUCUAUUACAACACUCCAAAAAGGAAGAAUGUACGACCUUUUACUUUGUCAUUUCCUUGUGAAAUAGUAAGUUUGUAAGAAAGACAACCGAGUGUAGAUAGUUAAUGAAUUCCAACUAUUUGGUUCAA